GCGUGGGGCGGGGUUGUGCCGGUGCCGGUGCCGGUGCGUGGGAUCGUGCCAGUGCGUGGGGCGGGGCCGGUGCGUGGGACCGUGCCGGUGCGCGGGGCGGGGCCGGGGCCGGGGCCGGUGCGGUAGCUGGUGCGCGGGGCGGGGUGGUGCCGGGGCCGGUGCCGGGGCGCGGGGCGGCGCCGCCCCAUGAGCCGGUGAGGCCGGCGGCGGCGGGGCGGGAUGGCGGCGGGCGGCGGGCGGCCGCCGGGCCCCGAGUCCUCGCUGGAGCCCUACGUGCAGACCCGCAUCUUCAAGAUCAUCGUGAUCGGGGACUCCAACGUGGGCAAGACCUGCCUGACCUUCCGCUUCUGCGGCGGCACCUUCCCCGACAAGACCGAGGCCACCAUCGGCGUGGAUUUCCGUGAGAAGACGGUGGAGAUCGAGGGGGAGCGCAUCAAGGUGCAAGUGUGGGACACGGCUGGCCAGGAGAGGUUUCGGAAGAGCAUGGUAGAGCAUUACUACCGCAACGUGCAUGCCGUCGUCUUCGUAUACGACGUCACGAAGAUGACCUCCUUCACCAACCUCAAGAUGUGGAUCGAGGAGUGCAACGGGCACGCCGUGCCCCCCCUUGUCCCCAGGGUGCUCGUUGGGAACAAGUGUGACUUGAAAGACCUGAUCCAAGUGCCAUCCAGCAUGGCCCUGAAGUUCGCCGAUGCUCACAACAUGCUUUUGUUUGAGACCUCGGCCAAGGACCCUAAGGAGAGCCAGAACGUGGACGCCAUUUUCAUGUGCCUGGCCUGCCGGCUGAAGGCCCAGCGGUCGCUGCUCUGCCGGGACCUGGAGGGGCGGCCGGCCCAGGCCCGCAGGCUGGACCCAGCGCACGACGCCGACGGUAAAAACUCCUGCCCGUGCUGAGCAGGGAGCCCCGGCGGCCCCCGGCUCCCGCCGCCCUCUGUCACGGUCACCCCAAUAAAGUCUCUGCGGCUCCAGUCA